CAGCACACACACAACAGAGAGAGAGACGAGAGACUAGGUGGGAGAUGAAGAUGGAGAGGAGGAUGGUGAAGCAGAGGAGCAAGAAUUCUUGAGGACACACACGGCAUUCCAGUUGUUACGUAAAUCCUAGUUUGAACAAACAGCAAGGAAGGAAAUAGAUCCUGUAUUUUCAGCAUUGCAAUGGCAACCGAGUCCCCUCUUCUGCUGGCUGCAGUGACCCUUCUGUCUGCCCUGCAAAUGGGCUACCUGGCCAGGCAAGUCGGAAAAUCCAGAAUCGCCCAUAAGAUCAUGCCGCCCAUCGUCACUGGACCGCCAGAGUUUGAGAGAACUUUCCGAGCACAUCAGAACUGUGUGGAGUUCUACCCUGUCUUCAUGGUGCUGCUCUGGACCUCGGGGACGUUCUUCAGUGAAGUGACAGCAGCUGGAGCAGGACUGGUGUACAUGGUCGCUCGGCAAAUGUAUUUCAAUGGAUAUGUCAAGUCUGCCAAGAAAAGGAUACCUGGUUUUUACCUCAAUUUGGCUGUCGUGUUCUUUCUAUCUCUACUGAGUUUCAUUGGGAUACUGCGUGGGAUACUUCUCAAGUACUUUGACGUCCACGUCUGAAGAUAGCCGGUUCAUCAAGCUAUGCACACACACCUAUAACCAAGUACAUACAGCAUACCUGCAGAAUGGGAGGUUUUCUCAAAACACACUUGCUGUACAGCUGCAAUCACAAAUGCACAAUGACUGCUCAACUGUAAACGUGCUGUAUAUGCACUGAAUUAGAAAACCAAAAGUUUUUCAAGCUUAAGUCAUAAAAUUAGAUCAAUUUUUUUUGUUGUUGUUUUGUUUUGUUUUGUUUUUGGACUUUUGUGUAAAGUUAUACUUAAUUUUGAACGUGUUUUUCCAAUGUAAAUGUGAUUGACAAAUGUAUCUUUCAAAGUAACAAAUAUGAGGCUUUUGUUAGACUGUUUCAUUGGCAAUAACAGACACUAAAUUAUCCAUGUGUCCCCGGUAGACCAUUUGAGCCAGUUCUUCCUGUUAACACAUCAGAAUACAUAGACUAUGUUGAGUAAUCAGCCUAGUGUGACACUAGUAUUACACAAUGGAACAUGGAUGACCCAAAGUCUUUUUGAAUUAACAUCCAUGUCUGCUGUCUAAUUCAGAAACACACCAAAAAUUUGAUGAACCUCACCAAAUCUUUUAGUCUUGUGUCAUCUCUGUAUGCACCUACAAUGUUAGUGGGUUUUUUUGUGCAUAUUUGUUGUGGCUGCAUUUCACUCAUAGUCAGAGGAGUCGGAUGACAUUUCGUUUCUACAACUUGAAAGUAGUGUGAAUAUAACUGAUCAUUUAGAUUUUGACAGUAUCACAACGGUGGAUUCCAUGCUAUGUUUACUGCCUUUGCUACACACCUCCACAAUUCAUGAGGCAAAGAGGAUACUGGGGCCUACCAGUAAAUGAUUAAAUGAAUGAAUGAAUGAAUAAAUAAAUAAACUUUCAUUAGUCUCUUGUUUCGCCAUACCUGAGUGAAGCUUUCCCCUUAAACCAUGGGCGUCAUUCGGACAUGGCAAGGUAUGACACUUCACAUACCUCAGCCUCAGUGAGUCCUCACUUGAUCUGUCGGUGGAGAAAAUGGAGAGUAGGCUAAUUGGUGUCUCCUGAAAACGCUCAGAGAUGAAUUUGGAGGCCAUAAAACGAGAAGUCACAUGUGAGCAUUCAGAACCAAUUAGGCUAAUAGUUUUGUGCUCACCAAAUGAGUGUCAGUGUGAUAUCUCCUGUCAACACUGACCCAAUGUCACAUACUAUAGUGUAGCAGUAUAUGGAAGUAGGGGCAAUAGUAGGCUAAUAGUAGCUGCAAGUAGUGAUAACUUAAAAGUAUUGGCAUUU